AUGAAAAAACUGGGAGCGUUUCUAGCAACAUGCGAAUCAGAAAACUUACUGAAUGAAGAACAAAAAUUGAUCGAUGUUACCACUGAACCUAUUGGUGGACUUGGUGUACAGUUUGGAUACCCUGGUGAUGCGAGAAAGGCUAAAGAUAAAAGCAAGAUGAAACUCUGGAAAAAGUAUUUCCAAGAGAAUGGUCGAAACUUGACUAUGGUACGACUUCCAACGUUUGGUAAACUAGUACGUGUUGGCCUGCCAAACGCACUUCGAGGUGAACUAUGGGAAGUGUGUUCGGGUUCGGUCUAUCUUCGUACGACGAAUCAAGGAGUCUAUGAAGAAGUACUCAAAACAUAUGAAGGACAGUCAUCCUUAUCUACAGAAGAAAUUGAAAAGGAUUUGAAUCGCUCACUUCCUGAGUAUGCAGCAUACCAAACACCGGAAGGCAUCGAUCGGUUACGACGCGUGCUAACUGCAUAUGCGUGGCAGAACCCUGAACUUGGAUAUUGCCAAGCGAUGAAUAUAGUGACUUCAGCUCUGUUGAUUUAUAUGAGCGAAGAGCAGGCUUUCUGGACCCUCAAUGUGCUGGUAGAUCGGAUGUGUCCUGGCUACUACAGCACAUCCAUGUAUGGUGCACUUUUGGAUCAAAUUAUCUUCGAGCAGCUCGUCGAAAAAACUAUGCCGAUUUUAUGGAGCCAUUUAAAGAAAACAGAUAUACAAUUGUCGGUCGCAUGCUUACCGUGGUUUUUAAGUUUAUAUGUCAACUCAAUGCCGUUGUUAUUCGCAUUCCGGGUGCUGGACUGUUUGUUCAUGGAAGGCCCACGGAUACUGUUUCAAAUAGGCUUAGCGAUUUUGAAGCUCAACGGAGAUGAAUUAUUAAAAGCUAAAGAUGAUGGCGCUUUCCUCGGCAUCCUUAAGCACUUUUUCACAUCGUUGGAUAUACCCAUCAACCCAAACUCCCGAAAUGAAAGAGCGCGAAAACUCACGUACCGUGAGUUUGCCAUUGUGACCGAUGAUCUCGUAACGGAGCUUCGUCGACAAAAUCAACUCAAAGUGAUCGCCGGUAUUGAAUCGUAUACCAAACGAUCGGCUAUCCGACAUAUUAAGGAUACGGCAGGUUUUGAUAAAGAAGAAAUUUCCACCAUCUAUGACAAAUUCUUUGGUGUCCUAUACUAUGCAAAGCAGACAGGACGGAAUACCGAGAACGGGGCGAUGGAUAUUGAAACGUUUCGAGAAUUGCUCAACAGUCUUACAACAUGGUCCAAGAUCAAGUUCCAUGAUGAAUCGGCCAAUGAGAGUUAUAUGCGGACACUUGGACUCCAGUUUACCCAACGACUGUAUAUUAACAUCAAACCUGAGGAUCACCAAGGCAUCAUGUUUCAGGACGCUGUGACUGGAUUGAGCGAAAUUAUGCAUGGGGACUUGAUGUCUCAAAUUGAGUUUUAUUUUAAAUUAUACGACCAAGACAAGGAUGGGAAGUUGGUGAAUGCAGAUGUUUUAUGCAUGGCCAAGGAACUCUAUUGGGUGCUAUGUCAAAUGCAACAAGAUCCAUUCAUUGCAUGGGACGCGAUCUGUAACCUUAUAAUACGCAGCAUUGAACAAUCUGAUAUCCUGCGCGGAACACAACCCAACGAGGAAAAGAACGCAGAGAAACUUGCCGAACUCAUUGGUCUUGGACGACACGACGGUAUCCAAUCCAUACAGAAACGCAUGGAGGAACUAGACGCUUUUCUACUACAUGAAGCCGAGGAAAAAAAACCAUCCAUUGAGAUCUGCUUGCCCUCAUUUAGAAUGGCUGUUCUCACAAACGAGUGUCUAGAAAUGUUUUUCGAUAGUGGCUUCUCUACCAGCUUCCGACUUGUGAAAUUGGCGAGCGAACAACAAAAGAGCUUGGGCCGUGAAUUGUUUGAAAACUUGUUCAACGAAGGCAAGAAGCUGGCACAUAGUACAAUGACCGCACCUAGCACCACAUAUAGACCAUCAUCACCAUCCGCAUCCCCAGUUCCUUCACCAUCCACAUCCACAUCCAACGAAGUGGAUACCUUAUUGUCGGAGCUUGGGCACCAGGACGCAUAA